UGGUUGACAACAAACCCAGCUCCAUGCUGCUGGCCAAGGAUCAACAGCAGCAGCAGCAGCAGCAGCACCAUGCGGGCAACAGCAACAUGGAUAUGAGCGAACAGCAACAACAGCAGGCAGUUAUUAUGACCACAUCGCUGCCUGGGAACAGCGGCUUUACCACGCUGCAGCAUCGACGCAAAUCGCAGCUGAUUACAUUUAGCGCCUCCUCCUGUGAUAUCAAAAACAGUCUCAGCCACGAGCUCAUACACAACAAUGCUGGAGGUGCUGGUGGAGCAGCGAACGGGAAUGGCGGCAACAGCACACGCGCUAGUCGCGCCAAUGUGCGUCUGAGUUUUGCCGAAGAGGAUGUUAUGAUCUUGCCACAGCAGCAGCAGCAGCAGACUGAUGAUGAAGUAUUUCGUCGUCGCUCGCUGCUGGAAGUUGAGCUGGGCAUUGAGGUGAACGAAGAUCCGCAGCUGGAGCCAGCCAAUCAGCUGCAGCUGCAGCAACAGCAACAGCAGCAGGUUGAGGAGCUGGACGAGGAGGAAGUGCUCGAGCUGUAUAUGCAUGACGAGUUUGAAACUCACAUUGAUGCCAAAUCGAAUAAUGCCAAUGAUGACAGCGGCGGUGGCAGCUAUGAGGACUCGCAUGCUCUGCAUAGUUCGCUGGGUGGCAGCAAUCGCAACAGCCUAGAGAAGGAUGAUGAUGAUAUCGAUGUGGAUGUCAUAAGCACCGAUGUCAGCUGCUAUGAUCAGCUCUUGGGCAGCAGCUGCAAUACGCGCAACGGCGAUGACGAUGACAUUGCCACACUCAUUGGCGAUGCCGAUGGCAGCAGCAGCAAUUAUACCAAACUAAACAAGAAUAGCAUUUUAGGUGUUGCCGUUGCAACUGCAACUGCUACUGCUGGUGGCGGUGGCAGUGUUGGUGUUGGAGGUGGUGGUGGUGGCGGUGGUGGCGCUGGCGUCAUUUAUGCCAAUCCAUUUAUGGAUGACGAAGGCAUUGCGGAGUCGGGCAUGUGAGCUACAGAUUCGACUUAAACUCAAACUAAGACCCCAAACUGAUAUCAACUGAAUCCAAUCCAACAAUGUGGCAAACUACAUAAUUAAUUUUUACUUAAAUUAAACAUAAGCAACGCUUGAUAUUAUAUACUUGAUAUAUAUAUAUAUAUAUACACACACACACAAACGCAUAUGUAUGUUUGUACAUAUAUUUAUAUAGCCAUAGCUAUAUAUACUUUAGAUGUGUAAAACUCGAAUCAGUCAGCCUAUAAACAAAAAAAGAAAUAUAUAUAGAUAUAUAUGACAAGCGACUAUACAAUAUACAUAUAUAUCCAAAUUAUUGGUCUCCCUCUCAACUCUACAAAGUUAUACAAGCACCCAAACACCCCCCAAAACAAUCCCCACCCCACCCCAAUAUGUAUUGUAUGGUAUUACUGUAAUUUGUACUUUAUUAACGCCGACAUUGGUACUACCGAUAUUACCUAUAUGCAUACAGACAUAACUUUUAAUGAUUAUUGUCAUUCAAUACUAUUUUUUAAUGCUAGCCUCAAUUUUUUUGUAAUGUUAUAUACAACUUAUAUACUAUCUUCCAAUUUUUUGUAAACUAAAUGUUAGUUGAAAUGACCCAAUUUAUAUAUGAUAUACCAUAUAUAUAUAUAUAGCUUCCAGAAGCGCUUAACAGUUUCAUUUUGUAUAUAUAUACUAUAUACAUACGUGUGUACAUAGUCUAGUAUAUAUGUACUCGAUGAAACGCUGCUUGGGCACACAUAUACCCAACAUAUAUCCAUACAUAUACCCAACAACAAGAACAACAACAACAACACCACAAUAAUACAUACAACAGCAAUGUGUACAUAUAUAUAGGAGCAUUACAUAUAAUAUGUGUGUAUAUUUGCAAUAAUUCAGUUACAUAGUUUUUUAAAUGUUGAAGCAUUUGAUAUAGGAGAGAGCUCUCUGAGCGCUAGAUAAACGACUUUUGAAUCUACUGCUUUUUAGCUUUCGAUAUAAAUCUAAAUCUAAAUCAACCAACUAAUUGUAUUUGUAUGUAAUUUUUUUUUAUUUUUUU